AUGCCCCGCAGAAAAGCGCUCAUUAUUGGCAUCAACUACUUUGGCUCCAAACACGAGCUGCGUGGUUGUAUCAAUGACGCCUACAAUGUGCGCGACUACCUCGUCCAGGAGCGUGGCUUCUCACCAAACCAGCGAGAUAUGGUCGUGUUAUCCGACGAUCCAGACAACUUUGGCACGCCUUUCUACCCGACAGGGCACAACAUGCUAGCUGCAUUUCAAUGGCUGGUGUCGCAGAAUAGCCCGGGCGACUCGUUGUGGCUGUCGUAUUCGGGUCAUGGUGGACAGGUGGAGGAUGAGUAUGGGGACAGAGAGUCCGGCUUCAAUGACACCAUCUGUCCGGUUGACUUUGAACAGAACGGACAGCUGACUAGCAGCACGCUUCACAAAGCCAUCAUCUCUCGAAUGCCACCCUGGGCGCGACUCACAAUCCUAUUUGACUGCUGCCACUCGGGUUCCGCGGUUGAACUCCCUUACACGUAUCGGCCUGACGCCGAUGGAAACAUCAACAUGAUCGAUAACGUCAAAGAGGGCAUGCGUCUUGCGAUGGAAGCCUCUAGCUUACUCCAGACUGGCUUUUCAAUGGACCGAAUGGAUGAUGCACGCUCUUUGGUGGCCGAGGCUACCACCUUCUUCCACAGUCUGCAUAAUCAGAGGAACCAAGAGGAGGCGGGUGAAGACGGCCUUGUGGAUGAAGGGUUCCACGAGGACUGGCGCAACGAGGGAAAGGAUGCUUGGAUGUUUAGUGGGUGUGCCGAUGACCAGACAUCAGCGGAUACAAGGAUCCAGGGGCAGUCAACUGGGGCGAUGUCUUGGGCGUUUAUGAACGUGAUGAGGGAGAACCCGGAACAAAGCUACAUUGAGGUACUGCAAAAUACAAGGCAUCUGCUACAGCAACAUUACUCGCAGAUUCCGCAACUAUCCGUCGGGGGCGAAUAUGAUUUGGACCAAAUGGUUUCG